CCUCGUUCCUUGACUCCCUUGCAAUCAAGUCUCGUCGUCUCCUUCAUCGAUGGCCGCCAGCUUCUAAUCAUCUCACUUCAUCAUCACCACCUCGUCGCACCAUGUCGCGCUCCAAGCGACGCUACGACGACGAUGACGAAGAUGCUGGGGGCAGCGACGCCGCCGAUGACCACAGUCUCAGCCGCGUCUCAAAGCGCAGUCGACCAUCGCGCUCUCCCUUGAGAGAGUCGACGCCUCUUCACAACAACAAUAGCAAUGGCCAAGGUACCUCACGAUCUCGACGACAGAGUCUCGCUCCCAUAGACGCAGCAAGCAUAGACGACGACGAUGACGACGACGAGGAGGAUGCCGAGGCUCAGACCUCCCACUUCCUCCCCAAGAUGGAGGCCUUCUCUCAGAGCCAGUACAACGCCUCUCGCGCUCAACAGGACGACCAAGACGACGAGGAUGACGAGAUGAACUCGCAGGAUGAGCUGGAGAACGAGGAGCAGGUAGAGCAAGAGCAGAUGGCUCAGAUUCAGCAAAUGCGAUCGCAAGCGGCACACGUCGCCGAAGCCGGAGUCAUUGAGCGCAUCGAAUUGGUCAACUUCAUGUGCCACAAGCGCCUCACCGUUCCCUUUGGACCCCAGACCAACUUCAUCAUUGGCCACAAUGGCAGUGGCAAAAGCGCCGUCCUCACAGGGAUUACAAUCGCCCUCGGAGGCAAGGCGGCAUCCACCAAUCGCGGUAGCAGUCUCAAGAGCUUCGUCAAGGAAGGAUGCAAUGCGGCCGAGGUCGUCCUCUGGAUGAAGAACAAGGGUCCCGAAGCAUUCAAGCACGACGUCUACGGCGACCGCAUCAUCAUCGAGAGGCGCAUCAAUGCCGAUGGCGGGGGGCACUGGAAGAUGAAGAAUGCCCAGAACAAGAUGGUCUCAUCGAAGCGCGACGAGCUGAAUGCCUACUGCGACCACACCAAUAUUCAAGUCGACAAUCCUAUGAACGUCCUCACCCAAGACGCGGCUAGGCAAUUCCUCAGCUCGUCCAACUCGGCCGAGAUGUACGACUUCUUCCUGCGGGGUACCCAGCUCAAGCAGCUCAGCGACGAGUACGACCUCAUCAGUGUGAACGUCAAUCGCAUCAAGCGCACCAUUGCUACCAAAGAGGAGGCCCUACCCGACUUGGAGGACGCCACGCAGGAGGCAGCUCGCAGGUACAGGCUCGUUGAGAAGCAGCAGACACAGCGAAACCGUCUCCAGACGCUCAAGAAUCAGAUGGUCUGGGCGCAAGUCACAGAGAAGCAGCGUGCUUAUGAGAAGGUCUUGGGUGCGGGUGAGAGGGCACGGCUGAAGAAGGCGAAGCUCGAGGAGGAGAUCCAGCGAUUGGAGGGCAAAUUGACCGAGCUCAGCGAAAAGGUCUCUGAGAUUGACGCACGCAACGCCGGCGAGGGCACCAAGACGCAGCCUCUCAAUGACGAGCGCGAGGUGAUCAAGGGAGAGCUCAAGACGAUGCGAGCGGACUUGAAGAAGAUCCAAGGCGAAGAGUCAGAGUAUUCGGCUCAGUAUGCGUCGUUGAGCGCGAGCGUGAAUGAUUUGACGAAGCGUAUCGAGGAGGAGACCAAAAAGCUGGCGCACGGCAACAGGGAGCGUCAUCGCGAGCACGAAGAGGCUCGACAGGCGGCAGAGGAGACGCGACGUCGGUGUGCAGAGGAGGAGGCCAGCAUUCGUGAUGAACUGCGUAGCGGCGACCCGAAGGCCAAGGAGCUCUCCGCAAAAGAGUCGCAAGCCACUGAGCAGAGGGAGCGACUCCGCAACCAGCUGCAAGAGCGUGAGCUGCUGUGUCAGCGUUUGGUGGCUGCGAGUAGAAACAGCAUCGAAGCGUUUGGGCAGGGAGUACCCCAGCUCGUUGCUGCUAUCAACAACGAGGGGCGCUGGCGCCGCAAGCCCGUAGGCCCCAUUGGCAACCACAUCAAGCUACGCGAUGCCAAGUGGACACCCGUCCUGGAAUCUGUGAUCGGCAAUACCCUCAACGCAUUUUGCGUCACCAAUCACCACGACCGUAAGCUACUCGAAGACCUCAAGAGGCGCAUCGGCUGUGGUCAAGUACCCAUCCUCACCGGCUCGGACGAGAAGUUCGACUAUACCCGCGGCGAGCCCCCGUCGGAUGUGCUGACCAUCUUGCGCGUUUUGGACGUCGAUGACGACUUUGUGCUGCGCAAGCUCGUCAAUGGCGUGCACAUUGAGUCGAGCGCACUGGUUGAGCAGCGUGUGGACGGAGACAAUCUCGUACGUCGCAACCUCCCCAACGUCAAGUUCUGCUACUCGGCGGACAUGUUCUCCAUCAAGGGAGGCGCCGUCGGCUCGUCGACUCAGACGCUCAACCCGUACCGUGGACCGCCACGCCUCUCGACGGACGUCAAGGCCAAGCUUGCAGAAGCUCAGGCCGCCUACAAUGAGACUCAGCAGGAGCUGCGUGACAUUGGCAAGGAGAUUGAAGCGAUUCAGCGAGAGCGCAACGAGGCUCAGCAGGGCGUGCGCAAGGCUCGAGAGCGACUGCAGCAGGUCAGCAGGAAGCAGCAGAAGGCGCGCGAGGAUCUGGAGAGACUUGAUGAGGAUUUACGCGCUGAUGAGCCUGCGAACGUUGCUGCGCUGGAGCAUGCUCGAAAGGAGUCACGUGAGGAGUUGGAGAAGUGUCGCGAGGGGUUUGCGGAGGUUCAAGCUCGUAAGGAGGAACUCGAGAACAAGAUCGCCCCCAAACAGGCCCGCUACAUUGAGCUGCGCGCCCUCAUCGAAGAAGCGGCCAACGCAUACGGUCAGCAACGCAUGGAGCUCGAGAAGGCCGUGGAGCGUCGCGUACAGUGUCAGCAGGAAAGCAAGGCCCGCGCUUCCAGUCUGGUCAAGAUCACAGAGGAGCUCGCCAAGAUCGAGGAAGAAGAGGAGGAGAGGAAGAACGACUGGAUGCAAGGCGAGGAGCAGGCACUACAGUACACGGAGGGAGAACGCGUUGAGGCUAGCCACUCGCACGAGUACUACGAAAAGGAGAUCCAAGCUGUUGAAAACUUACUCGAGGAGGCCAGGCGACAGGGUGGCGGCAGCUUGGAAGAAGUGGUGGCGGAGUACCGCAGCCGCCAAAAGGCCCUCGACGACGCCAAUCGCGAAAUGGAUGCGAUGAAGGCUGCGACCAGGGCCCUCAAGUCCGCCCUCAAGCGUCGCCUCGAUAUGUGGCAGCAGUUCCGCACCCAAAUCGCAGUGCGAGCUCGUGCCAUGUUCACGCACCAUCUCAGCAAUCGCGGCUACACUGGCUCUCUCAAUUUCAACCACGAUGCGCAGCGCUUGAGCAUCAAGGUCCAGAUGGAUGACCCCAUGGCGACUGGCGGGCGUAGCGGCACAGCCUCCAAGAACAAGGACCCUCGAUCCCUCUCUGGCGGCGAAAAGUCCUUUAGCACCAUUUGCCUGCUGCUCUCCCUGUGGGGCGCGAUUGGCUGCCCGAUUCGCUGUCUCGACGAGUUCGACGUCUUCAUGGAUGCGGUCAAUCGACGCAUCUCGAUGAAGAUGAUCAUCGACGAGAGCAAGACGAGCCAUAACGUGCAGUACGUGCUGAUCACGCCGCAGAAUAUGUCGAGCACGACUUUUGGGCCUGAGGUGAAUGUGCAGAGGUUGAAUGAUCCGGAGAGGGGGCAAGGGGUGCUCGCCUUCGACUAGGGCGGCGUGCGUGAAGCCGCAGCGAGGUGGGCGGCGGAGGCGCGCAACGACAUCAUCGCAACGAGCAGGGGCAAAUCACCAGCUUCUCAUCGACUCGACCGCUCCAUUUCGUCUCUCUUCUCACUCUUGUAUCCACACCAUGUUGUCACCUCUACCAUGACUCUAUCACACUAGCUCUACCCU